GAGUUCAAUGGGCUGGCGAUGGCCGGCUCCGACGCCAGGUCACUGCGGCAUGCCCGGCAAAUAAAUUGACCAGGACUCAGCAACACGCGACGGCCGCCCCCAGAAGCCUUGCAUGGAGUCCCCCCUCACCCAACAGCCUCGCCCCGAGGCCUUCCAGCCCAAGAUCGUCCGACUGUACGAGAAUCUCUUCAAGGACGACGACGAAGAGGAUGUCUCGGGCACCGAUGGCUUCUGGCAGGAGUUCUUCCUGCUCCGGCCCGACCGGGCGUCGCUGCGCCUCAUACUGGAUGAGAUGGGCCCCGACGAACUGCUGGAGCGCGAGGAGCAGACCAGGGAGCUGUUCGCGAGGGCCGUGUCUGCCUUGAAGAGAGGGACAAGAGGUGUGGUAGACGUACACGCACUGGAGACGCUGUCAACGUUCUUCACGGCCGUCGUCGGCAAGAAGUUUACAAACCCGACAUCGGACAUCAUCGACGUGAUUGCGGGGCUGGAUCAGAUCGACCAAGUCUUCACUGACUUUGUGAGCGCCCUCGAGGGGCUGAUACGGAAUGGGAAAGACUUCGACACCAGGCAGGGUGCGGUUGACCUUGCGCUCGCCGUAACAUCGAGUGCAUACCAGACCAGCCUGCUGGCAUAUCUAAUACAAAGGGACCUCUUCCCUGCCAUAAUGAAGUUCAUACACGACAUCGAAUCACCCCCCGAUGUGAUCCCCCCGUUUAGCCUGGUUGGUCUUCUGGCCAACUACAACAAGUUCGAGUUCCAGAACCCCUACCAGCUGCGGCUCAACGACUUCGUUAACGAGGCGACCAUUCAGAAGAUCAUCGGCGGUGUUGGGAGCGGGUGCAGGGCCUUGCGGGCCGACUACAUCGAUGUCCAAGAGGACCACCCGGAGGGGUGGUCAUUGUCGUCUGCUCUCAGCCUCCUCGGCCUGGGGGCUAUGGCGCCAGGGGGGAAGCCGCCCGCAAAACCGACAUAUGAUGCCGAAACGGCCAAGAAGAUGUUUGCGGUCUUGCCUGGACAAAAAGCGCCGAUGCUCCUGGCCACCUAUGAUUUUGCACAUGCCAACAAGCUCUUCUGCUUCAACUUGGUGACACUGCCAGCGGAAAAGGACGAGGAGCAGGCAUUUGCAAGCUUCAUAUCACUCACAUCAUACCUGAUGCAGCACGCAUACCUGACUGAGAGGGCAACGCUCUACGGCCACCUGAACCUCAUGGUGUUUCGGUUGCUAGUCGAGGAUCCGGUGCUGUGCCGGCGCAUGUGCAGCGACGAGUCUCAGGUGCCCGUGCGUCUUUGCCGCCACCGACCUCCGCACCUCCCAUGGCCGCCGCGGGGUGGUGGCGAGGCGCGGACGCUUGUCGCCGCAGUCAUGGACGUCAUGGUGGACGGCAUCAACCACAACCUGCGGCGCCGACUGGAUGCGCCGCUGUAUGCGCUAUGCCUGGGGAUCCUGAUGCGCAUAAUAUCGUACGUGUCGCGCACGCGCACGCGACUGACGUAUCACUGGUCUGAGCUGUUUCGGUCGCUGCUCUCGCUGGUUCGAUUUCUGACGACGUACGUGGCGGACCUCAAGCACCUGCCCCAGAUGGAGACGGUGCUGGACCUGCUGGUCAACCUGCUGGCACUGGGCCUGACGGCGGGAGAGUCGUUCCUACCGACACCGGCGGCGUACGACGACCUCUUCUACAAGGUGGUAGAGUCGGGCGAGGUGCUGAGCAAGUUCCGGGCCACGUACGAGCUUGCGUCGCGGGCGAGCUGCAGCAUCGGCACGGUGGUCAGCGUCAGCGCGCACUACAAACGGCUGCUGGCGGAGAACGGCGGCGCCGAGGGGGCGGGGGGCGCCAAGGGCAACGUCACGACAAUGCAGGUGGCCGAGGUGAUCAAGCAGGGGUACGAGACGUUGAGCAUCCAGGCCAAGGAGGGGCUGGACAGCUGGGAGAAGUACCGCGAGGCGGACGAGCGGAGGCUGCUCAAGAAGAUGGCCAGGGCGGCGGUUGCCGACGUCAGCGCCGCGGUGGGGUGAAGUGGGUAGGGAUAUCGAUGCCGAUGAGAGGUUUUCAGUAGGUGGUAGCAUGGAUAUAUCUGAGGUUUCGACAGCGAUGAGUUGAGGAGCGGGGUAAUGCGAUUGCAGUAGUUUGGG